AUGUUCUAUGCCAGUCUCUUCUUUUGCAUCGGCUGGGUCAUAAGAGCCAUCUCAGUACGACAACCAGACAGUCUUCCCUUGUACAUGAUAUCGACCAUCUUUAUUUAUCUUGCACCACCCAUCUACUCUGCUGCCGAAUACAACACUCUCGGACGACUGAUGCACUACCUGCCCAUGCACUCCAUCAUCAACCCGAACCGCGUGGUCUACAUAUUCGUCUUUCUCGGCUCGUUAGUCGAAGUCUUCACUGCAAUUGGAGCAUCGUGGAUCGCAGCAGGAAACGGACGUCAGGACAAGGAUCGUCUGAGUUCUGGUGCGACGUUUAUGGCUGUUGCUGUUAUUCUCCAAGCUGCGAUCGAGAUUGGAUUCAUUGCCAUGGUUGGAAUUCUUCACAGGCGUUGUUCGCGGGCCAACAUGCUACCUUCCAAUGUCAAGACAUUAUUCAUUAUGCUUUACGGUACUUCGAUACUGAUUAUUAUCCGCUGUGUCUUUCGCGCCGUCGAGACAUUUGAGCUUCGGGACAUUCUUGCGAGCGGCGAGGAUAACAGCCAUGCACUCAUGAAGCGCGAGUGGCCCUUUUACGUGCUGGAAGCUAUUCCGGUUGCUCUGUAUACUUAUUGGCUUAAUAUUAUCCACCCUGGACGGUAUUUGCCUUGUGAUCAGCGACAGUAUCUCGACUUUGAUGGCAAGACGGAACGUAUGGGACCUGGGUGGUUGCACAAGCGACACUGGGUUAUGUAUGUGGCUGAUCCGUUUGACUUUAUUGGAAUGUUGUCGAUGGAAAAGAGAGAUGCUUAUUAUCUUCGACCGCAUGAGUGGCCCGAGACAGAGAAUUGCUUUGCUCAGGGCAAGGGAUCAAAUGUUAAGCCGGGGAAAUAUACAAGGGUCUCGAAAGGGGAGUCGCAUGAGUCUGAUGUCUGA